AUGACCAUCUCAUCUACCUCAAGGUCCUCUCAGACGACUAAUCGAGUCAGAUUUUCGUCACCUAUCUCAGACAUCGAUCGUUCGUCUAAUCCAUCGCUUUCAACGUGCUCUCGAGCUCCAGUACUCUUAGCUACUUGUAAAGCCUUUGCCAUAUCUUCAAAGGGAACGCAUAAGUUGGUACGCCUUCUCAUUGAUCUUAGAUCAGAGUUGACUUUAGUCUCCUCCAAAAUCAUAGCUAAGCUAAAGCUUAGCCGUUCUCCAGGAAACAUUCUUAUUCAAGGUGUGGGUAGUACAUCUCCAAGAGCGACUAAAGGUCACGUGUCCUUAGUGCUCCAAUCGACAUACUUGUCAUCUCGGGUUCAUCUUAAGGCAUUCAUUUUGCCAAAAGUCACAUCUCAGUUGCCGUCGUCUGUAAUAUCAGAGCAAAAUUGGCCUUAUCUCAGAUCUCUUAAAUUAGCGGAUCCUGACUUUCUCACUCCAGAUCACAUUGACAUUCUCAUUKGUGCUGAUAAUCUCAGAAGAGUUCUCAAGUCCUCUCGCCUUGUUAUGAGAGUUCUAGGCGCAACUUCCAGCCCUAGCAAGGUCGAUCCUCUCAAAAUUUGCCAUGCCAUCUCUAUCGAUUCUCUUGACAAAGCUCUCACAAAAUUCUGGGUUCAGGAAGAAGUCUCAUCUUCUUUCGCGUCAACCUUGAGUCUCGCUGAAUCGCAAUGCGAGCAGCACUUUGUUGAUACGCACUCUCGAUUGCCAACUGGUCGUUACAUGGUUCGUCUGCCAUUCUCGAAAGACAUAUCUACCUUAGGGCAUUCAAGGUCUCUUGCCAUGAGAUGCCUUGRAAGACUUCUCAAGAAAUUCGAAACCGAUAGGCAUUUCAAGGAGACCUACUCUGAAUUCCUCAAAGAAUAUGAGUCUUUAGGACRUAUGGUUCCUGUUCCUCUCGAUGCUUCUGAGCCAUCUCAGGCGUAUUACCUGUCGCAUCACGGAGUUUGGCGCGAGCAAAGUUCCUCCACCAAACUGCAAGUAGUAUUUAACGGUUCAGCCAAGUCUUCAACCGGUAUCUCUCUCAAUGAUCCUAUGCACACUGGGCCGAAGACUCAAACGGACAUUUUCGAUGUACURCUGUGGAUCAGGCAGCACAACACUACCAAGAUCUCAGGCAUCUCCUGGAAUUCUCAGAAAGAUGUUUUUAAUUUUCACGGUACCAUCUCUUUCCAUCAAGCCGUCACGGAACGCAUCAUUCUUUCAGAAGUUGCUCAAUUGUUUGAUCCUCUUGGACUCCUCUCUCCGGUAGUGAUCAAAGCGAAAAUCCUCAUGCAGCGACUCUGGUGGGAAAAGGUUGGUUGGGAUGAUCAUCUCACUCCAGACAUAGUUCACGAGUGGUCCCAGUUUAGGCAACAUCUCUCUCAGUUAUCAGUCAUAGAAACUCCCCGAUGUUUAAACCUCUCGUCAAAGGCGACCUCAGUACAGAUACAUGGCUUCUCAGACGCCUCUCAACUUGCAAUGGCAGCAGUUGUAUAUAUCAGGGUGUCGUACGCUGGCUCAUCUUCUGUAGUCAGUUUAGUCUGUGCUAAAUCAAAAGUAGCUCCUCUCAAGAGGUUGACAAUUCCAAGACUUGUACUCUCAGCAGCGGCUCUGCUAACCAAGCUGACCGGAAAUGUAAUUAGACUUCUCGACCUCUCGGACGUUCUUGCUUUUCUGUGGUCUGACUCUUCUGUGACCCUUGCAUCGGUCAAAAACAAUCCUAUGAGAUGGAAGGAAUUCGUAGGCAAUAGGGUAGCCGCUAUUUACGAGUCUGUACCCCAUGCUCAUUGGAGAUUCAUCUCCGGAAAGCUAAAUCCAGCUGACUGGGCAUCUCGUGGUCUCAGUGCAUCUCAACUCAUUGAUCACCCACUAUGGUGGAGUGGUCCACCAUGGCUUUCUCAGUCGCCAGAAUUUUGGCACUCGUCAGUGCCACCCUCACCAGAAGAGAAUUUGGAGGAACGCCCUGGCAUAUCACUUGCACUCUUACAAGCCCCACCUCUAGUUUGGGACUUCGUUGACCUUCCUCAAUCAUCCUCCUUUCAUCGGCAUCUCACAAAACUACUUCAGAUCACGGCAAUCAUUCAGAGAGCAGUCUCGCGCUUUAAGAAGGUUCCUGGUUCGAGCUUGUCCGCAUCGCCAUUGAAUCCAGCAGAUCUGGAGAAAGCUAAAUUGUUCUGGAUACGCGCGACUCAAGAGGCGUAUUUCUCACCAGAAUUGAGAACGUUGUCGGCAGGACAAUCUUUCAACAAACAUCACGUUCUGACGCGACUCACGGCCUUUAUCGAUCGUGUUGGAAUUCUCAGGGUUGGGGGACGGCUGCAAAAUUCUUAG